AUGGUUUCCGACGCUGAGAUACGUUUCUAUGAUCGUGACAUAGUAGCACAGGACAAAGAAAGGCUGAUCAAUCAACUUCGAAGUCGCCAGCUUAAAGCCACUGUCUGCAUUUCGGACUCAGGCACUGGAAUAGACAUCCCGGAUGUCCACACAGUUGUUCCCUUGCAUGGUGCAUACACCAUGAUCCAGCUCAUCCAGAAUGCUACCCAAGGAGGAGAUGGAAAAGGAGGGCAAGGGAGCCGAAAACUGACAGAUCGUGUGAUAAGUGAACAAGGUGAACAAGUACAAGGUUGGGAGGCAGCUAGAGGCUCAGACACUCAAAGUAUUUCUCACCAGACGAUCUCUGAUGAAUAUUGUGAACCUGUCGGCUCUCAUUCUGCACCUGCUCGUCCUCACAAUAUUAGGGGACCUCAAGAUAUAUUUGGAGCUUGGGUGUAUAUCAGUUUUCUUAUCAGUAUUUAA